CAGGUUUCAAGAUGGUUCAAACCUUAGUGGAUUACAAAUAUACAUAGACACUGCUUGACAAGUGGUUUUGGUUAUAAACAAGCCGACUUUCCCUCUCUGCAAACAGUUUCCGAAGUAUACAAGCUGUUGUUACUUCACACGCUUUACCUUUUUCCUGAUUACAUAUACACACAGACGCAUUGACGCUACACGCUGCCCACGAUGAACCCAAUGACGGAGACAUACCUGCUGGCUUCAAAAGCUAGAGCCAAGCUUACAAGAGAGGCAUCGCGUCCAGACCAUGACUUGCGUGUCUUGGUCUGCCACGCAAACAUGCUGGAUAAUUUGAUGGACAGAAUUCACGAGCACAGAACUUCAAUACUGAACGGUGACUACCUGGCCAAGAGACUCCAACUUCCACAACUGUCUCCUUCGAUAACGCAUGUUAGCUAUAUUGCGGAGGAGUUGGACGAAGAUGACGAUGAGGAGUACUACAGCGAUGAGGAAGAGCAAGAACCUCGUCGUAUUCCAGAAAUCCAUUACAACACAUCAGAGAUUGAGUACGACUCUGAGAGUGACUCUGAGGAGGAUUUCGACAUUGACAGUGAUGAAGACGAAGAGGCACCAUUAUACUCUAUCAAGAACUGCUCAUACGAGCAUUACACGCCGUCAAGAAAUUUUAGAGAGAUGCCUUCCAUGAGCGAUCUCACUGAUGAAGAAUUGGAUGACUUGGAGGAGAUGGACUCUGCAAGUGACGACGAACAAGAGGUUGACAUUGUUGACUUGAACAAGACUCCAUCGCUAACUUAUACAGAUUCAGAGUCUGAUGAUGACGACGACGAACACCACCAUCACCACCACCAUCACCACCAUCAUCGCAAGCACCACACUCCUCUCAUUGACCAGAAGAUGUCCAGUGGUGAUUUGAACCUUGAGUGCCUCACUAUGCACUCAAACUUCACAACGUCUGAGAUUGUUGCUAUGUGAAAUUGGCAUUUCCACACAGACUCUUCUAACGAUUAUCCAUAUUCAUCAUUUUACGAAUUACGACUCUUUUUUUUUUUUGAUUUGGAUGAGCUCAUAAAGCUCAUCUCAUGAACUUACGAACCUGUUAUUACUAGUCUAUACGAUACAAUCAUAUAUUUACAUCA